CCACCAAACAGUUAAUCCUACAGUGGUAGUUGAUAAACCCCCCGAGAGGUGUUUGCAAACCUGGCGUCCCUCUUCGUCGCUGAUAAUGGACGAGACACGGCCGCGUGAGGGCACGUCGGCAGACAAGACUUUUAUUCCCGCCGGCCAGUCCAAGCAAUCGCUAUUGACAAGUCCAUACCUCGGGCCCGAAUCUGCUCCGACGUCGCAGUCCGGCCCCGACGCAGGAGCCGCUGCCUCGGCAGCCACCCCAGUCAUGUCGAACAUCCAACAACACUCGGGUGGGAUCGAGGUGGUCCACGACAGCUAUGGGCUGCAUCCUUCGUGUGUGCGCUGCGAUAAUGUCAGCAGCAGCCAGGUCAAUUCCAUGUCGGAGGAGAAGAUCACCGUGGUCUCGCCGCACACGGUCGCCGCUAGUACGUGGCCUGGGUCCAAUGGCCAGACGGCUUGGAACAGCAACGCCGGUCUCGUCCCGGUGAAGGAGAAGAGGAUAUGGGGCUUGCGGCCCACGACCUUGUAUCUCUCAUUGAGUAAUAUUCUCCUCGUUCUUGGUCUAGUCGCCUUGGGGGUAUAUCACGCCAUGGCGACGAAGGGAGGAAACGUAAACCCGUCAGUACAAGAAGCAGGCGUGUGUGUCGCACCAACAAACACCACCACCACCACAAAUGCCCCCAGCAAACCCUCCGAUGGCAGCAACCCCAACGUCUGCUUCGACACCACCACACCGCCGGCAUCACGCUCCCAGUAUGGAGCCACGCGCGCCGACUGCCCUCGCGAUGGCGACAAGCGCUACACGGUCCCGGGCACCAACAUGACCUUUACCAGGACUUGCGGCGUCGACUUCAAGGAUAACGACCUCGGCCGCCUGCCGACCACAACCAUCGAGGACUGUCUCGCCCUCUGCGCACAACUGAACCUGUACCCGAGCAGCGGGCAGGGCUCGUGUCAGGGAGUCACGUGGAUGUUUGGCGGCACACAGGGUGAAGGGAGCAGCUACUGCUAUCCAAAGUACAAGGUCGACACUAAGGGGCCUGGUAGGAGCGAUGUGGAGAGUGCCAUUUUGGUCACUGGUGGUGCAGCGUAGCAUUCGGCUUGGUUUCAGUGUAUUAUUAUGAUGCUUGAGCAGGGCGUUGGUUCUUUCUACGGCUGGGGUCAAUGGGUCUUUUUACUUGUGUCAACUCUGUCUCUUUGGCAUGCAUCAAUUGCUCUGCUUGUUCCGGAGUGCUUUGGUUCAAGUUGAACACUGUCGAUUUCCAUCGGUGUUGCAAAGAGAACCUCACUUUAAUCUCGCGAGCCAUCCAUGUUAGUGGUUCCUGGGGCUUCUAGGUCCGAAUAAUGCAAGCCUACCCUAAUCUCACA